GUUUAGACUUCGAUCAAGAAACGACAAAACCUCACAAUUUGAUUCGCUUAGAGGAGCAGUAGUGAAAUAUUCUUUGUGCAAUUUUGUUGGUUUUUAUUUUGAAGGGAGAUUGAUUUAGUUUUGUUAACUUUCAAGUUCGACAAAUUUAAUGCUUCAUUUGAAGCCUGGAGGCAGCUGUAAACCUACGUUAAUUAGUUCCACAAAAUAAAUUAUAUCGACCUAUAAGAGUUAAAUAUGUCAGCACCAAGAUGAGCGAAGAAGAAACAACAACUCAAAUCCAGGACAUAUCUACACCAAUAGAUGUAAACCAAAGUGAUGAAGCCGUAAAACCCUCUGAGAAAAUUUCGGAAGAUGAUCCCAUUGCAAAAACUGAGUCUUUAGAUCGAGAUCCAAGUCCUUCCCUGCAACUCGUAGACAAUGAAACUAAAAAUCUUGAAACAAGAACCGAGAAUUCUGCAUUUACCUCAUCUCCAGGAAUCACGGAGAUACCAGCAAGAAAUGCUGAAUCGAUUACUUCCGAAAAAGUCCUUGAAGAACCAGUUCUGUCAUCUGAUCCUAAUGACAGUCGGACGUCCAGUGACAAUACAAAUUCAUCAAAAAACAAAGAUGCAGAAAGUCCUCCAUGCGACACUGGCAGUAUAAAAGUUCCUAGGAAGGAGUUACAAUCAAUAAAAGCCGACUCAAAACCAACCCCCAAAAUUAAAGUACUCAUAAACUCCACAAACAAAUUGAUGGAGCCCGAAAAAGUUGCAGAGGAGAAAAAACGUUCAGCUGAGAGAUCUGAAAUUGAAGCUCCAAAACUUGAUGCUAAUUGCAAGGAGGAAUCCCAACAAGAAAUUAAAAGCUCCUCACCUGACGACACACACAACACCCAAUCAAGCGAGCAAUAUGCUGAAAAUGUAACCUACACCGAGGACGGUACGGCUAUCUAUGUCGAUCCUAAAACACAGCACAAAUAUAAAUGGAGUUUGGAAAAAAACGAUUGGAUUGCUUUCGAUGAACAAGAUUCAAAUCCCUCUGCCAUUGCCACUGCCACUGCAAGUGACAAUGAAAACAACAAAAAUUCUAAUCCCUACGAAAACGAACAUUACCGUUGGUGCAGUGAAAGCAAUCAAUGGAUUCCAAAGAAUACACAACAAAUGUCUAGUCUAACAGAAACCGAACACUAUCGCUGGGAUGCCCAAAAGAACGAAUGGAUUAUGAAAACCCAGGUACCGUCGCUGGACGAUGUUACCUAUGGUUACGAGGACGGAGUGCGAAUAUACACGGACAAAGAUGGAAUGGUAUUCUUUUGGGAUGACGAGAAAAAAGCAUGGUUUCCAAAAAUCGAUGAUGAUUUCUUGGCCAAAUACCAGAUGAGCUAUGGGUUUAUUGAUAAUACUUCAGCACCUGCAAUUGCAAAUGCAACUGCACCUGGAUCUGCAACAGAUGCUGGUGCUACUGGUGCAGCUGAAGAGGAGGAUAACAAAAUCGAUUUGGAAAAGAAAGCAGAACAAUUGAAAAAGAAUGAUGCUGCUGCAGGAGGUGUAAAAAGAAAAGCACCACCAGAACCACCAAAAUGGUUUGAAGUGGAUGCAACACAAAAUACGAAAGUUUAUGUGUCCAAUUUACCAUUGGACAUAACAAUGGAGGAGUUUUCAGAGAUUAUGUCCAAAUGUGGGAUGAUAAUGAAAGAUCCACAAACUCAAAAGCAAAAGCUUAAAUUGUACGCAGAACCCGAUGGACAACUAAAAGGAGAUGGAUUGUGUGAUUAUAUUAAGGUAGAAUCUGUGGAUUUAGCUUUGAAGCUGCUGGAUGAGAGCAUAGUUCGAGGAAACAAAAUCAAAGUUCAACGUGCUAAGUUCCAGAUGCGUGGAGAAUACAAUCCAUCGUUAAAGCCGAAACGGAAAAAGAAGGACAAAGAGAAGCUGAUCAAAAUGAAAGAAAAGCUGUUUGACUGGCGCCCAGAAAAAAUGAGAGGAGAACGCUCAAAGCACGAACGAACUGUCAUCAUCAAGAACUUAUUCACGCCGGAACUCUUCGACAAGGAAGUGCAAUUGAUAAUUGAGUAUCAGAAUGAUUUGAGAGAAGAAUGCUCGAAAUGUGGAACUGUUAGGAAAGUUGUGAUAUAUGAUAGACAUGCUGAAGGCGUUGCUCAAGUCAAUAUGGCUGAUCCUGAACAAGCUGAUUUGGUCAUUCAAAUGAUGAAUGGUCGCUUCUUUGGUCAACGAAAAUUGACAGCGGAAACAUGGGAUGGAAAAACAAAAUACAAGGUUGCGGAAACGGAAGAAGAAAUCCAAGCCCGAAUCAAUAAGUGGGAUAAGUACUUAGAAAAAGGUGAAGCUAAUGAAAAAGAUGAUGAUGACGAUGACGAAACAGAAGACGAUGAGAGCGCAAAUGAAUCAACUAAAAUUAAAACUGAUGAAAAGGAAAAAGUUGCACCUGUGGCAACAGCGUGAAAGAUUUUUAACGCGGAUCUGAGAUAGAAAAAUAAAGUGAUGAUAUUCUAUAAAAACGUUUU